UGAAAGUUGAAUGACCCAGUGCACAAAUUUGACCCUUCAAUCUCCUCCAUGGCUGCCGGGUUGUAUUAGCUGGGGAGACUCAAUGAAUUCCAUUCAGCCUCGCCCCCAAGAGCGGCAGCUAGGCCUCCUGUGAGCUGUGCAGCCCCGUAAGCGAGACACAUACAAAGACAGACAGACAUACAGACAAGCAAACUACAGCCGUACAGACAGCAAACGUGCGCUACAAUGCUUUAUCUAGCUUCAUAUAUCGCCAGUUAAUAAACCAUGAAAUGAAACCACUUUUCCCUUGGUCGUUGAAUUUCUCUCAUAAUACCUACUACUGUUACUACCUCUGAAGACGCGUACAAGGCAGGACAACGUGAUGGCCACCCUGGAAGCCGACCUGAAGAAGCUCUCCCUGCAGGACCGGGCACAAAAGCAUACAAACCAGCAAGAGGAGGAAUAUCAUGAGGACGAGGACGAGCCUGGCUAUCAGCAAGCAAUUUCCCCGUUCCGCUUCUUCGACCUCCCGUCCGAGAUCCGGCUGAAAAUAUAUGGCUAUGUUCUGUUUGGGUCCAAAAGAAAAGUAUCUUCACGCACGAACGGUAACGUGGGAUUAUCCUCAAAGAAUAAACCGCUAGCGCCACUCUCCCACCGUCUCUCGCUCUUCCUUGCCUCCCAACGCAUCCACGAUGAAGCCGCCGCGCUCUUCUAUUCUGUGCAGACCUUCCGCGUAUUUCCGAUCCAGGACUACUCUCGUUUCCCGACACUGGCUGAUCUGGGCAAAUCAUAUCGUCCGAUGAUAGGAAAAAUCGAACUGAUUCUCGGAUCAAGCUGGACGGCGCCUCCGAAGUCAUGGAAAAUCACGCAUCGGUUGGGACUGGCCGAGAUGGUAAAUCUGCGAAUAUUUCGAGUGUUUAUCCAGUGCGACCCAUCACAUCCUAUCUUCGAGGGCUUUAGGAUCUCGAACGACUUCUACACAGGAUUUGCCGGGGGGUUGGUGCGCCAGAUCCUAGAACUGCUUCCUAAUCUGGAACAUGUGGAAUUCGAUGCUUGGCCCUCUGUUCAGAAGAAUGGCGCGCUGAUGAGACGCUUGCUGGCUGAGGUGCGGGGUGCGGGGAAGCAGAUCUACUGGGGUCCAGAGCGAGGGUGGAAUGAUUGGGAGGACGAUGAUAAUGGUAACACAGUGACUUAUGGGAGCACUGAUCCAAUAACGAUUAAAGACCGUGUAGACCCAGGACCAGACGUUUCCCCGAUAGUGGGAUGACCAUGAUGUCUGAUUGAAACUGGGUGGCUACGUGACCAUGUAAGCAUGUUGCGCAGUUUCUAAUGCGUAAAGUAGUCAUUAUAUUGAGCGUUGUAUAUGAACAAAUAAAUGCAAUAUAAACAAAAAAAA